GUUGAUUUUCAAAGUGACCUAAAGUACCUGAGGUCAGGCACGAGACUGGGUAAAGUGGGCGUCACUGACUGCACAGAUGACACAAGAUUUCCUUUCAGCAGUGAUGACAGCCGCUUCAAGGUUCAGACGGACGGCAUAUUAACGGUAAACAGACAGGUUGUUCUUCAUAAAGGACAACAAGAUUUCAACAUAUCCUCUUGGGACUCACAAGGUCGCAAAAUGACUGUUCCUGUCAGGGUAGUGCAUGAUGGGCACCACCACGGGCACCACCACCAGAAUGUUGAGCACCACCAUGGGCAAAACCACGUUAAUGACACAGAGAGUGCAACAGAUCCACAGGAGUCCAUUCUGCAUUUCCCCAAGUCUGGUGAAGGGCUGAGGCGGAGGAAGAGAGAGUGGGUUAUUCCUGACCUCUCUGUUGUUGAGAAUGACAGAGGACCCUAUCCCCUCAAAGUGUCUCAGAUCCGCUCCAACGAAGAUAAAAUAAAGAAGAUCUUUUACAGCAUCACUGGUCCAGGAGCUGAUCAACCUCCAGCUGGUCUUUUUACUAUGGACAGAACAACUGGAAUUCUAUAUCUCACACAACCACUUGACAGAGAGAGACAAGAUAAAUAUAUGGUAAACCUCCUCUCUCCUAGUUUUAUACACACUCUUUCCCUUUCCAAAUAUUUAUCCUGCCACUUAGGGAUGGGAACAGAUUCAAUCCAGUAUUGGUAUCGGGUUCUGAUACUAACGUAAUUCACGGAUCGGAAAUUUCAGAUCCAACCUGCAGAGAUUUCUGAUCCAUGAGCCUACUGUACUUGAUUUGCGCUGUUCAGAUGCAAACUAUUUUAUUUAUAGUGUGUGUGUGUGUAAGAUGUUUACACUGAUUGCAUUUUUCUUUUAUUUCAUAUAUUUGAUAUUUGAAAACCUUGAUUUGUUGAUGCUACAAGAGCCAGUAUACUUAAUUUGUGCUGAUCAGAUGAAGAAGCCCUUUGUGUUUUAUUUGGAGAGAUGUAGUGUUAGAGAAGUUUACUCUUUGUGUGUAUCUGUCUUGGAAUUAGUAAAUAUUGACAGUCAAUUUGAAACCCUUACAGUUGCAUAUUUGUUUUCAGGAUGGAAUUUUUCCUGUUAACAGGGUUUUUUGUUUUCUGAAUUUUUUCUGACCUUAUACUUACCUCAAGUUGUCUUUUGGGACAUACAUGCAUACACUCGUACACAUCAUACUUGCCUGUGGAGAAGAGUUUAUUAUAGCCUCAUAUAUAAUCAACAAUAAUGAUGAUGAUAAUAUUAUUAAAGCAAACAGAGCUCUGGUAUCAGAUUAGUAACGGUAUCGGCAGACAUCCAGAAUCAGGCAUCAGGAUCGGAUCGGAAGUGAUAAAUGUGGAUCGAUGCAUCCCUAAUAUUGAUGAUGCUAUGUUAUUUAUUCUCAAAAGUUUGCACCUUAAAACAAAUGUCCAAAGACCUGUAUCUACUCCCCUCUAUGAGAUAAUUUACUUCUUUCCUGACCUGCCCUACUUCAAAAUCAGUAAUGUCUGACAGGCAAACGUACCAAACUUUUAGUAACUGCACAUCUUGUGUCACACUGUUGACCUCUGCUUUUCUUCAGUAACUGUAUUUAAAGUAUUAUUGUUUUGCAAUGAGAGUUCUGUCCAAAGCAAAAAAAUAGUAAUUUUUUUUAGGAAGAGCAAUAACAUGUCUGUAUCUUUAAUAUGACAACUAUGUGAAGAUUUUCUUGUAUCUUUGAUGCCUGACAAACAUGUGAAAGCAUUUCCUGCUUCAAAAACAUUUGUAAAACGGAUAUUUUUUUUAAAUGAUUAUUAAUUUUCUAAACAUGUGCAAUCCCACAAGACAUUGCAGCACAUUUUUUAGAUGUGGCAGUAAGGUAUUAGUGUAAAUCACUAUUUAAGAGUGUUGUAUUUAUAAGCCUAUUUAGUGUAUGUGGUAUCAGUGGUAGUGAUCAAAUGAACAAGGAUUUUUUUUUUCCAGACGUGAUACAGCAUUUUAAAAUCCUAUAAAUUCCAGUUGUAUGCGUAAAGACACACAUUGUCACUUUGAACAUAGCUAGACAGAAUCUGAUAAAAGAAAUUUCAAUUCUCUAACUUCAGAAGUGCAGGAAAGAGGUCAGUUAUGUCUAAAACUCCUAAGCCAACCUGUUAUUUUAGACUCAUUUUCAGCACGUUGCAGAACUUAUUUUUCAGCAUCAGCCGAGCAGCCGUGUUGUUGAAAAGAUGCUCUAAGUAAUUAAGUAUACAAUAAAAAAGAAUCUUUAGUCAGUAUCAAUUCACUGCUUGGAAGUUUUUUAUUGUAUUGGUACAAUUAAACUUGAGUUUUCUUUGCUUAAUGGUUCUUUUUACUACAUGUCUAUGGCUUAAAUUGCCCCCAUGUUCCACCAUGAGACAUGAAUCUGCAUUUAAUCAAAUAUGUUUGCAUAGAGUUUACAUUUUUCUGUGACUG